AUUUCAACUUUUUAUUUCGUAAUGAUCAAACGCGUAAUGUGUGACAUAGUGAGAUAAGAAAUAAUGUCACGAAAAAGGAACGACACGACGCGAUGAUUCAAUGAGGAAACUCUCAGCCAGAAUUGUGAUGAUCUGUUACGGGAAUCAAGUCCAAGAGAUUUUAAUUACGCGUUUCAAUGUAUUUGGUCAAUAUGCUGCGAAUGCGUAGUGAACAUAAUGAGGAAUAAAAUGCCACCGUUUCGAAGGAAAAAGUCCGGAAAAUCUUUCCCCGUUAAAGUCUGUACCUUAGAUGCUGAACUGGAAUUCAGUUUAGAGUGGAGAUCAACGGGAAGGGAUCUCUUUGAUUUAGUCUGCCGUACAAUAGGAUUAAGGGAGACAUGGUAUUUUGGACUACAGUAUGAAGAUGCCAAAGGAUUCAUAUCCUGGUUAAAAUUGGACAAAAAGGUCCAAGAUCAAUGCAUCUCCCAGCAACCUACUACACCCUUCAUGUUCUUGGCAAAGUUCUAUCCAGAAGAUGUCGCCGAAGAAUUGGUUCAAGAAGUGACACAACAUUUAUUCUUUCUUCAAGUAAAACAAGCCAUUCUGUCGAUGGAUAUUUAUUGCCCACCAGAAGCGUCCGUGUUGUUAGCUUCUUACGCAGUUCAGGCGAAGUACGGCGACUACGAUGAAGUUUCUUACCGUCCUGGAAUGCUUGCCAGCGAGGACCUACUGCCACAAAGAGUUAUAGAUCAGUAUCAGAUGACACCAGAAAUGUGGGAGGACAGGAUAAAGAUCUGGUAUGCGGAUCACCGUGGGAUGUCUAGAGACGAAGCGGAAAUGGAAUACCUUAAGAUUGCUCAAGAUUUGGACAUGUACGGUGUUAAUUACUUUCCUAUUAGCAACAAGAAAGAGACUGACCUUUGGCUCGGAGUCACGGCCCUGGGCUUGAAUAUCUACGAAAAGGAGAACAAGCUGGCCCCGAAAACAACGUUCACGUGGUCGGAGAUACGGCACAUUAGCUUCGACGACAAGAAGUUCGUGAUUAAACCGGUGGAGAAGACGUCGCCGAACUUCGUUUUCUUCUCGCAGAAAGUUCGCAUGAACAAACUGGUAAAAAAACAGUCAGAUGUUGGCAGCUGGGUGAAGGGUUUGAUAGCUUUAGGGUUCGACGAACAUAGCAAUGACAAAGCUGCUCACAUGUUAUUUGUUAAGAUCCUGGACCUGUGUAUCGGCAACCAUGAUCUGUUUAUGAGGAGACGCAAGCCUGACUCGAUGGAGGUGCAGCAGAUGAAAGCACAGGCCAAAGAAGAGAAAUCGAGGAGACAAAUCGAAAGGAAUAAGCUGGCACGAGAGAAACAACUAAGGGAAGCUGCGGAGAGGGAGAAGGCAGCUAUGGAACAACGACUUCUACAAUAUCAAGAAGAGAUUCGUCUGGCGAACGAAGCGCUUAGGAGAUCCGAGGAAACCGCAGACCUGUUAGCUGAGAAAAGUCGCGUCGCUGAAGAGGAAGCGAUGUUGUUGAGUCAGAAAGCUUCAGAGGCCGAACAGGAGAUCACACGUAUACGAUUGAACAACAUGAAGACGGAGGAGGAGAAGGUUCACCUGGAGAGAAAGACCAGAGAGGCCGAAUUGCUCACUGAGAGACUGGUGCAGGAGUCGGAGAGAAGAGCUGCUGAGGCUGAGAAAUUGAAGGACGAAUUGUUACGCGCGCGUAUUGCGGAGAAAGAAGCGAAAGAAAAAUUGCUGGAAUUCCUCAGCAGAAACGCUUACACCGCUACCAUAGCUCCCGUGCCAAAUCUAUUUCCAUCAACGCAAGUACUUCCGUCGGAUUUGCAGGCAGACCUUCAAACGUUGCAGCUGGACGCGGAACCGUUGCCAGCCGACCUAACCUCGUACGACUUGAUCGCGGACGGGGACGUUGACCAGCUGUCGUUGGAGAUCGAGAAAGAACGGGUGGACUAUUGGGAGAAGAGUAAACAUUUGCAGGAGCAGCUAAGAGAAUUACGCACGGAGAUCGAGGUGAUGAAGGUCGGGGAGAAACAGUGCGAAUUGGAUCAGUUGCACGAGGAACAAGUGCGACUCGGUGAGAACAAGUACAGUACAUUGAAAAAAGUGAAAUCCGGAUCCACCAAGGCGAGAGUUGCAUUUUUCGAGGAGUUAUAGGUUAUGUAUCGUUGAAAAUGAAAAGUUUCCACGCUUUAAUUCCGCGGACGCAAUCUACGAGACGAAGUUAUUACGGCGAUUCGGUAUGAAAUAUACUCUGUGAGAUUUACGAAUCGCGUAGACACGUGCGUAUGUAUACGUUGUAGAAUACUGAAAGCGUACGCUUCACUCUAUACAUAACAAAAUGUACAUUCUGCUUCAUCGUAUGCAUAGUGACAGUUGUAUCUGCAUGCUAAUAUUUAAACCAGUCAGCGUUGUUAU